AGCGCCUCUAGCGGUGAUACUCGGGCUCAUAUCUACAAGCCACCGAUGGGAACGUAGCUCGCUAUCGCCUGAUGCCUGGUUUUACAAUCAGUUAUAAAGUGUAACAACUACUACUAGAACAACCCGGCAGCUAGAUAUGUCACAGCACAAAGGAGAGAUGAACUUGAAGGACUACUUCAAAAGAAUUGGUUUCCAUGGCCCCUAUGAUCAGCCUGAUCUUGCAACUCUGAAGCUGAUCCACAGACAUCACGUCAUGUCCAUCCCCUUUGAGAACCUCAGCAUUCACUGUGGGGAGAGGAUCGUCAUGGACCUUGAGGUGAUCUUCAAUAAGUUAGUGAGGAGCAGCCGUGGAGGUUGGUGCCUUGAGAACAACUUCCUUUUUGGCUGGGUGCUGAGAGAAAUGGGCUACGACACAACAACACUGAGUUCAAGAGUGUUCAACAGUAUUCUCAAUGACUUUGGCCCCCUUGACUCUCAUCUCAUUCACAAGGUCAUCAUUGAUGGGAAGCCUUAUAUAGCGGAUGUAAGUUUUGGAGUGUCAUCCCAAGUGUGGGAGCCCCUGGAGCUCAUCUCUGGAAAGGACCAACCUCAGGCAGCAGGUGUCUUUCGUCUCAUAGACAGGGGGGACAUCUGGGUGAUGGAGAAGACUGGCAGAAAGCCACAGGUUGUUAAUCCAGAAUUUACCAAAUCAAGUCUGGUGAACAGGAAGGAGACGAAGCAGAUCUACUGCUUCACCUUGGAGCCCCGCGAGCCAGCUGAUUUCUUUGAGAACAACCACAAACUCCAGACGGACCCUGCUUCACUGUUCACCAACAAGUCCAUCUGCUCUUUACAAACAGCCACAGGAUUCAAGGCCUUGAUUGGCUGGACCUACAGUGAGGUCACGUACAAGCCAGAAGAAGGUGUUGAUGUCUUAGACAUGAGGGACGUAGCAGAUGAGGAGAUAGGUCAGAUACUGAGGGAGCAGUUCAAUGUAGAGCUGCAGAAUAAACUAAAGCCUGUGAGCAACAAGUCAUGGUACACUCUCUAGAAAGAAAUCUUGCAUACCAUGCGUCAAACAGUAUCAACUCUUUGUAUUAAAUAGUUUUAAUAGUGUCACCAUACGAGGACUGAAAGACACGGACGAUUAAUAAAACAUAUGUUUUGCAAAUGUAAAGAAGAUGUAGUGAAGAUGUAGACAUAAUUAAAAGAGGCUUUCAUCCCUGUGUUCUAAUACUUGGCCUUACGCUAAAUAUAGAAGAUCAAACACAAUAGAAAUUAUACAUACGGCCUCACAGCAGCACAGCAGAAGGACCUGCAGUAGUGCUCCUUCACAUGGCAAAGGUGAAACAGUUGGCGCUGCCCAGUGCUGUUACAGCGCAAUGAAGGGACUGGGAUUUGUUUUCCAUCAGACAUGACAGCUUUGCUAUCAUCCUCCAAUCACCCACCACCUUCAUAGGCUCAAGAAAGCAGUCCAGAAUAGGACCGGCCUUCUUCGCCUCAAUGUUCAGUCUCUUUUUGUCUCUUUUUCUCUUUUUCCCACCCGUGCAUAU